UAUUAGAAGAAAUGGAAAAAAUUGACCAGAUGGAAUUUAAUGUGUAUCAGCCAUCACCGUUAAAUGAGAAAGUGUUAAAAGAUAAACGAAAAAAACUGCGCGACACAUUAGAAAGGGUAUUAAAUAUGUAUUAUCGCGAUGACCCAGACAAGUGGGCAGACUUAAAGAAGAAACAAAACGACUAUGAACAUAAAAGAAUCCAACUUGUUGCGUUUUAUGAAUCUGUGAAGUCAGCACAACAAGUUUCUGUUGAUGAAAUUCCUUUACCGCAAAUGCCUGAACAAACUGCGUCAAACAUAACUUCCCAAAUACCUUUGCCAACUGAAAGGAAACCUGAACAUACAAUAUAUUCAAUUGCAACAGCCCUAAAGCUGCAAGCAUUGGUGAGUCUUUAAAGCAUGUUAUUUUAAUUUUAACGCUAUAAAGCAAUUUUAAAAACUACCCGUCGUUUAAUCUAUACUUUGGAUAAUGUUCACUGAAAACAU